AUGGGCGGGUACGCUUGGACAGACCAAGAGAAAGCACUUGUGAUAUACUUUUCAUCUCUAGGCAUCCAACAACGUGUUAUUGUAGAGCUUCUUCGGGAAAGAAACUUCUCUCGUACCGAGGUCGCUGUUUCUGGCAUGCUACAAGCAAUACAGAAAAGUACCGGGGCUUUAAAGAGACUAGCCAGGGAAAAGGUGGACGCAUUGGUUAGGGACCUCCUUGCUGGGGAUAACAUGGACGCCCUUCUCUUACCCACCGUUGAAGAUCAAAUGAUCGUGGACCGAACACACAAGAAUAUUGAUCUUUUACAGCAUUAUCUGGAGUGGAGCAAGCGCAUUCAUGAUUCUUCCCUCUAG